AUUUCCCACAAGGCUUUGCGCCCACUUGACGCGUUCACGUGAGAGGGAAACCAACUCCCGAGGAAAACAUUCAACAUGUUUAUAAUUCGCACCCGGCUUCCCCUGGAAGUGCAGUUCUUCACUCACACUCGCAGGGGAACGGACGAGUUAUAACAGAGGGAUCAACUAUGGCUCAAUCUGCUGGGAAGAAAUUGACUGGCCUGGUUGCAGCCACAUUCACUCCAUUCACCUCUCAAGGUGAAAUCAACCUAUCCGAGAUCGGACCUUAUAUUGACUACUUGACACAGAAGCAAGGUGUAAAUAAAAUUUUUGUGAAUGGCACCACCGGAGAGGGCAUGUCCCUCAGCGUCGCCGAGAGGAAGUUACUGGCUGAGGACUGGUGUCGGAAAGCCAAGGGAAAAAUGGAGCAGGUGAUUUUGCACGUUGGCUGCACCAGUCUCAAAGAUUCCCAAGAGUUGGCUCGCCAUGCGAAGGAGCUCGAGGUUGACGCCAUCGCGGUCAUCUCUCCCUCCUUCUUCAAACCUCGCUCUGCAGAGACGUUGAGGGCUUACCUCCAGAAGGUCGCUGCCGAGGCCCCCGCUUUGCCAUUCUACUACUACCAUCUUCCAGCCUUGACUGGUGUUACUUUGCCUGUGAGCGACUUGCUGGAAGGCAUCGAGACGCUCAUUCCCUCCUUCUGUGGAGUGAAAUUCUCCGGGACUGAUCUGCUGGACCUUGGCCAAUGCAUCAGCCAUUUUCAGCCCAAUUGGUCGAUCCUGUACGGCGUUGACGAGCAACUCCUGGCAGCUCUCGCGAUGGGAGCCCAUGGAGGAGUUGGAAGCACGUACAAUUACCUUGGAAGUCACAUGAACAAGCUGUUGGUAGAGUUUGAGAGUGGCAACCUUACGCAGGCCAGGAGCCUUCAGUUCAAGAUGCAAGAACUCAUCAGACAUGCAAUUAAAAUUGGAUUUGAUUUGGGCGUGAACAAGCAGCUGAUGAACGAGGUGUCGGGCUUACAGUUGGGCCCUCCGCGCCUUCCUAUCACGCCGUGUCCUCAAGAGCACGCCGCGUCCCUCAUGCAGAAAUACAAGGACCUCUUCUCCGUAGAUUGAUGUCACCGCAACACUCCUGCCACUCAUUUACUGGACCAUUCUUUUAUGAUAUUAAUUGUAACUGAAUGUUCAACUUGCUGCCUGUGUAAAUGUAGCAACGCUUCACCCUGUCGACUAUUUUGAAAUCAUGCACAUUCUGGAGCAGAAAGCAAGCAGCUAUGGAAAGCUGUUUGAGCGGUUAUUACGUUGUUUUUUUUAAAAUAUAAUCAGGUACUGUAACGAGACCUCGGAGCCCAGGCUUGUUUACAAUUGAAAUUUUUAUUAAAUGCUAAUAAAUUGAUUUGAUUUUA